CAAUACCAAUUUACCAUCGGGUGACCUUAUACGAAUGAUUAGUGAGAAUUGCAUCCAUGGUAAAGUAACUUCUUCUUCUUAUCGUAUCGAUGGCACACACGAUAAUGUAGGUGACCAUAAUGGUGAAGGGAUUUCCCAAAUAACUUCAAACAUCGAAAGAUGCGACAUUAUACUGACUAACAAAGAAGUUUACAAUUCUAAAAAAACCCAUGAAAAAAUAUCCGAAGUGGUAAAAAAAAAUGAAAGUAUUCAAACGCUGAAUAUGGCAGAAAUUAAUGAUGCGCAUUUAACGGUAGAUCGGUCUAACCAGAUCGAUAUGCAACGUGAACUUGUCGUAAAGAAAGUUUCAGAAAAUAUUAAUGUGAAAAAUACCGCAACGUUCAACAAAACGAAUGAGACAUAUGAAACAGAAGAAAAUGAUGCAAAACGAGAUGCGACCAACAGAAAAUCAUCGAAACAACGGUUGAGUCUAACGCCAAUGUUAUCUAUUGAUACGUAUGAAACUGGGUACUUGAACCAGGACGAGCAGGCAAAAGUACCAAUUUAUGAAAGUACUGUCAGUGAAAGUAACAUAUUUAAAGAAUUAGUUCAGACCCUGUCUAGAGGCGGCAAUCAUUGUGAUCCUCUCUUGAAAGUGGACAAUAAUAAAUAUUUCGAAUGUAUUGUACUCGAUAAAGCUGGUAACGUACUCCAACCACUUUCAAAUAAUUCUUAUCAAUACAAAGGAAGGAUAACAGAGAAAAAUGAUUCUGACAGUAUUAAUCCAGCAAAAGUAUAUGUCAAUCAAAAAUAUCAGAAGCUGAAACAUGCCGCACUAAAUGACAUUAUCUAUGAAACACAGAAUUAUGAUGCUCUGCAAGCAAUGGGCGUUAAUGAUUUUAAUUUUAUUUGGAAUCCAAAUCAAUCUAGGUUCAUUGAAUUGCAAAACACAGUGGUUACUUUGCAAGGAAAUGAUUACGAAAAUGACCAGAAAGACUCUCAAAAAUCUUCAUCCGUAAAAGUUAUCGGUUCUCGUAUCAAAUCAAAAGACAAGGACAGCUUUGCUAUUAAUACCAUGAAAUCAAUAAAAUCAUCAACAAAUCACAAAUUUAGGGGCAAAAAUGUGCAUAGAUCGGAAAAUUCGAAGCUAAACCGACAUGUUAGCGAUAUGAUUAUAACGAACAGAUCAAAAAAUGAUUCGAAAUGUGAUUAUGCUGCUAAUAGACUUUUUUCAAAUAAAUUGUCAAAGUGGGUAUCACAAAACGCUCGUGUUACUCAGUUUGAUAAAUAUUUACAAAAGGAAAUCUAUCCGCUGGUCACUGAACUUAAUGACAUUAGAAAUAAAUGUAUAUCGUAUGGAUUAUUUACUAGGGAUAUGGUGCCGUAUCUUGCUUAUAAUACAUUUAAGAGCCUUCCAAGCGUUCAACGAGACAAUAUGAUGAUUGGCAACCAAACCUUUCCGAAAUUCGAAAAAGGAAUUAUUAAAAAUCAAAUGACCAAAUAUUCGUAUGAAACUAGUUUGGACCCACAGAACAAGAAGACAGAAUUUCAAAUACGUAAACAGCCGAAUCGGAUGGUGUAUUCAAUUUUGUUCGACGAUUAG